GUCGAUCGGCGAGGUCAGAGAUGGGUUCGUUCGCCUCUUUCUGGGUUGCUCUGCUCCUGGUUGCGGGUGAGUCUGCGAGUGGCGGUGAUGAUGAAGAGAAGUUCACGGUAGCAGGCGGGACCUUCACACUGUGUCCCAAUCAAAGAGCCAGCAGUCUGUCCCGCUGGCUGUCAGAGAGGAGUAAUGUCAGCGUGUCUCUGUGGCUGCUGGGUUAUACAGGGCUGGAGAGGAACGUCUGGUGUGAAAAGGAUAGUGAUGCUGAGUGUAGACGAGGUGUGUCCCACUCAAUUAAUCCCGAAGCUGUUUCUUCCCUGAAGGAUGUAAAAUAUAACUGUCUGGUGUCGAACAACAGGAAAGGAGACUACAAGAAAGGGUUCACUCUGAUUGCUCUGAGAGGUGCAGCCUCUCACAGUAACCCCGUUCCUGAAGGCAGCUCCCUGACUCUUACCUGCUGGGGUCUCCCUGAGGUUCAGAGGUGGGAAUGGACACAUAACAAUAUAGUCAUAUCAGACACAAGUAAAUACAUUAACAACGCAAACAUAAGCACGUUAACUAUCAGAAGUGUGGAGAAGACGGAUGGAGGAACAUACAGAUGUAAACUUGUGUUUCAGCGGGUAUCUCUGAACUUCACUGUGAUGAUUGCAGGUCCAGGUCCAGAUAAUGAAGCCGUGGUCAGAAUCGUGGUCCCUGUUGUUUUGGUGAUUCUGGUCAUGCUGGGGAUUGGAGCUUUCUGUGUGAUCAAGAGGAAACGAAGCCAGGCACAGGAAUCUAUUUUAAGCUCUGAUUCUUUGUCUUUGCCCAAAGAGGUGAACGGGAUCACAGCAAACCCAGUGGAUGGUGAUGGUAAUGAUCCAAAACUCAACUAUGCCACAGUGAACCUCAACAACCUGCCUUCAUCAGCCAGGCAGCCGGGCCCGGUCACAAAGGAGACUGUGUAUUCUCAGGUCAAAGUUAACUAGCCCUCAGAAGCAUAAGAGACUGUGUUUUAUUACACUGGGCUGUGCUUUUGCUGUGGGAAACUUUUAUAAGGGUCAGUUUACCAUGGG